UUCACAUAAUCAUUCAAUAUUUUCCCCAAAAAAAGCUUAGAAAUAAAUCCAUAAUAUUGUAAUAACCCCCCCCCUCUCUGAAAAAGGUUUACAUAGUAAUUUUCGGACCAAAAAAGAAUACAGGGGUAAAAACAAGAUUUGACUGGAGGUGGCGUCAAGUCUUAAAGCCUUUGCAUUUAUAAGGCUCUUUGGGCAUGAUAAUGCAGACCGGAAUCUAAGAAAAUCAGUGUCGUUUUGGGGGGAAAACGUCAGGGUAGCAAAAAUGCAUUCAUUUGGGUACAGAGCGAAUGCUUUGUUAACAUUGGCGAUUACAAUACUAGCCUUUAUGUGUGGGAUUGCUUCAUUCUCCGACAAUUUCAAUACUCCCACUCCUACUGCACAAGUUCAAGUUUUGAAUAUCAAUUGGUUCCAGAAGAAACCUGAUGGGGACGACGAGGCCAGUUUGACCUUGAACAUUUCAGCAGAUUUACAGUCAUUGUUCACGUGGAAUACUAAACAGGUGUUUGUAUUUUUGGCAGCUGAGUAUGAAACUCCAAAGAAUGCUCUAAAUCAGAUAUCUUUGUGGGAUGGUAUUAUUCCCACUAAGGAGCAUGCAAAAUUUUCGAUCCACACCACAAACAAGUAUCGGUUUGCUGAUCAGGGAAGCAACCUCCGUGGUAAACCUUUUAAUCUAACAUUGCAUUGGCACGUUAUGCCAAAGACCGGAAAAAUGUCUGCGAACAAACUUGUGAUGACUGGUUACCGCUUGCCAGAGGCAUACAGAUGAUGAAUUUUUCUCUCUGUGCAGUUUAUCUGUAACCUUAGCCUCCACUGAUAGGAAGGGAAUAUGUGCUUAAAUGAGAUGAUGAGACGAAUAGGAUAUUUUGUCCCGGAUAAUUUCACAAAAUUGGUUUUAUUUGCCUCAAAUUCAAAUAUUGGAACUUUAAACCUUUGA